AAGGAAAACAAGAAGAAUCAACUCAACAAAAGUAGAGCUGAAAAGGCUAAUGCACGUAACGCAAAGCUACAGCAUCGCCGCCCGGAUCAAGUACAGGCGCAGAUUGCUGAGCUUCAGGCUCUCGAAAAGCAAGGACGGAUCAACGCUACCGACAAGCGCUUGCUUGUAACGCUCGAACGCGACUUGCAGCGCAUCAAACGCCUACAAACGGAUGACAAGCGUGCUGGCGUGAUUGUGACAAGUGAGCAACAGCAGAGACGCGAGCAAGUCCAGCUCAAGCGUCAAUCCAGACUGCCGAAGGAUCCAACGCGGUCAGUCUAUUAUGAUGCUGUCUUCAAUCCGUACGGAGUGCCACCACCGGGCAUGCCUUACAAGGAGGUAGACGAUGCAGAUGCAUCCGAUUCAUCAACAACUUCAUCAGUGGCCGCUAUACCCAUGCCAGAAGGAACUCCUCCACCACUGCUCUCCUCGCAUCAUCGGAGAAGCGACGCCGAAAAGCCGCCGAAGCUGGAGGCCGGGGAGAAUAUAGGCGGGCCAAUCCGGCCAGGGCGCUUGGUGCAGCAGAGUGCAUCAGGACCAGUGGCAGGGGCAGAGAGUACUACAUCGAUACAAACGACAUAUUCAUCGGCGCCCGUUCUGCGCGACCUUGUCAAGGAGAGUGCUCGUUUCAAACCGCAUCGGCUCAAGGCCAAAGCCAAGGACACGGAG